GCGCGGUUUUCCUGUAUAGUAAGUUGUUGAAGGUCCGGCACGCCCUAGGGCACAGCGGUGUAGGAAUAAUAAUUAUAUACAGCUCCUGCUAUUUGCUUCUCGCUUCCGGUUCAGCCCUAUGAGUGGGGCCAACCGACAUCCCGUGAGGCGACCAAUCGGAACGUUUUUAGGGAGACUCGGGCUUUUGCUGCCUGCAAAGUUCUGGUACUGUUCUCAUCAGCGCCGAGCCAAAGCUCGGUCUCUAGUUUCCGAGCUGGCCAACCAGGACUCAACUGCUCGCCAAACAACAACUUGGCUGCGAACUCCAAGUCAUGCAGAUUUGUCAACCCAAGCCGACGGGCAUAUGAACACUGUUUCCGAAACAAAAAUGAAUCACGUACAGGUUUGCGGACAACUUUUCGCCGUGGAAAGGUUUCUCAGCAGUUGCCUUGACCUGAGCUUUUCAACAGCUCAGCCACUGUUUAUCAGCCCUGAAAUAGUUCAGAUGCAACCUCGGCACUCGAAGGAACGCGCUAUGGAGCCGCCAAGGGCCAGGGUCCGGAAUGCCCGCAGCCGAGAGGCGCGGAACCGGGUCGCUGUAACCUUAGCGGCUCGCCUUAAUACCGGUAAUAAAGGAAGGAGACCUGGCGAUCUUUCAUAUGUGUUCCACCAGGCCUUCAGUUUCUCGGUUCUCUCACUCAACACGCUCCCCACGCUCCUUUCCUCUCAUAACUAUAGCCAGCGCCGGCAUUGGGUUAUUCCCGACGUAUGGGAGACGUCGGACGGGUUUCCGAUCGGGUUUCGUAGCAACGUUGCCGACCCAUCUGAUUAGACUACGAGCGGGAUGCGCCUCCAAUUGAGCUUGCUCGCCCUUCUGUGUUUGGGGUGCGCUGCCCAGCAGUUGUCAGAUGCCCCCUCACGCGAAAAUUUCUACCGGAGAGGCCAAGUUUCAGUUGGAUGCGACAGGCUG